GUACUGGAUACUGACGAACGCGGGAAGGCCGUUAAAAAUUUGAUGGCUUCCAAUGAUCAACAGCUUGAUCCACCACCCACCAAACUUCCGUGCUCUGCUUCCAAACCCACCAUUCAUUUCUAUUCAUCCACUCGUUGUGUUGCCCUUGUAGAAGAUUGGCCAGUGCCAUUCGAACCGCAUUAUUUUCAUUUCCUGGCAAACUGCACACGCACUUGCUUCGUUUCCAUCCAUCCUACUAAGAAACCAUGAUUGUUUCAGGAAGAGCCUUGGGCCAACUCUCACGCAGAGUGGUACCCACUCGAAUUGCCGCUACUGCCGGUACAACCCGUGGAUUAGCUGAUGUGCAAGUGGAGCAUGGACGAGGAGAAUGGAAGACCUAUGGAGAUAUUGAUCAAUACAAGCUGGGAAUGUACCAAAUCAAGUGUUUCAACAAAAUUUCUCCCAUUGGAUUGGCUCAAUUUCCAACUGGCCAAUAUGACAUUCGAAAGGAUGCCGAAGAAGGCAAUAAUGCACACGCUAUUCUUCUCCGUUCACACAAGCUCCAAGAGGAAGAUGUCCCACACUCUGUCCGUGCCAUUGCCCGUUGUGGUGCUGGAACAAAUAACAUUCCUGUAGCUCGCAUGACAGAGCUGGGCAUUCCUGUUUUCAAUACUCCUGGAGCAAAUGCCAAUGCUGUGAAAGAGUUGGUUCUUUGUGGAAUGCUCCUUGGUAGCCGUCGUGUGGUGGAUGGAAUCAACCACAUGAAGGAAUUGGGAAAACAGGGUUUGGCAAGAGAGCGAGUGGAAAAGGAUAAAUCCAUGUUUGGAGGACAAGAACUAAAGGGCAAGACUCUUGCUGUUAUCGGGCUUGGCCAUAUCGGUUCACAAACUGCCCGUGAUGCCUACGCAUUGGGAAUGAACUUGAAGGGAUACGACCCUGGUCUUUCUGUUCAGUCUGCCCUCCGUUUGCCUCAGGCUCUUGAGCUGACGGACUCUAUCACUGCUGCUGUUUCAGAUGCUGAUUAUAUCUCCCUGAACAUUCCCUACAUCAAGGGCGAAGGGGGCACCCAUGGAGUCAUUGGGCCUGAGGUGAUCAGUCAUUUCAAACCCAGUGCUGUUCUGUUGAACUUUGCUCGUGGUGAACUGGUAGACUCAGAUGCUAUCAAGCAAUUCCUUGAUGCUGGUGAUGGCAGAUAUGUUACUGACUUCCCUGAUGAUCUUGUCUGGGACCACAAAAAUGCUGUUGUUCUUCCUCACUUGGGUGCCUCCACGGAAGAAGCCGAGGAUGCUGCCGCUGCCAUGGCGGCUGACACGAUCCGUGAUUAUCUUGAAUCUGGUACCAUCAAGAAUAGUGUCAACUUCCCUGCCACUAGCCUUCCGGAUCGCCCCGAUCAUUCUAUUCGUUUUACUGUUGUGAAUCAGAAUGUUCCCGGUGUCCUGGCACACAUCACAGAUGCGUUUGCCAAAGAAAAUUUGAAUAUUGUUCAACAGGUGAACCAGUCCAGAGGUGACAUUGCUUACAAUGUUUUGGACAUUGACACAACCGGCCACGAGGAUGUUCUCUGCUUCAAGAAUGUACAAGAACGAAUCACAAUGACAGAAGGUGUUCUCAGCAGCCGUGUCAUCUAUGGCGCACCAGGAAUGGGUUAUGCCAAGAAUCUGGAUGGGCAGUACUUUGUCUAGAUAGCUAGGUUCCUGAGUAAUAGAUGAUUUCAUUUCAUUUCG